AUGCUCUUCGCGAGCGCGGUCACCAGUAUCGCGGUCGACCGUCUCAUCCCUGGAGCACAGGUCAUCCCUGAGAGCGACGGAAAGGCCUUAGAGGGUGUCGGUGGCCAUCAUCACAGGUAUCAUGAUCGUCGCACCGUAACCAUUCGACCAUCGCGAAAUGAUACCGAUGAUAUCUCAAAGGACUUUCUCUGGGGAAUCAAACGUGCCAACCAUGGAGGACGACUUCUUCUCAAGAAAGGAGAAAAGUACGUAAUUGGUAGGAAGCUUGACCUGACAUUUUUAGACAACAUCGAGGUGCAGCUGGACGGGGAAUUGAAGUUUACCGACGAUGUACCCUACUGGCAAGAGAACAAUUUCUAUUACGAUUUCCAGAAGUCCAUCUCCUUCUGGCGAUGGGGCGGACAGGAUAUCAAGAUCUUUGGGACUGGUGUGUUGAACGGAAAUGGUCAGAGGUGGUACAACGAGUUUGCAGGGCAAGAAAUCUUGGAUCCUAACAAUGACUACUAUCGCCCGAUCUUAUUUUUGACCGAAAAUGCAACCCGUAUCUCGGUUGAAGGUAUCACGCAAUUAAACUCUCCGUGCUGGACGAACUUUUUCGUUCAGUCCAAAGAUGUAUCAUUCAAUGACGUUUUCAUUCAUGCAUUCUCUACAAAUAAAUCCGCUGAACCCAAAAACAGCGAUGGCUUCGACUCGCUGAAUGUAGACGGGUUGAGGGUUACGAACACUCGGGUUAAUGUUGGAGAUGAUUGCUUCUCGCCCAAGCCGAACACCACUAAUAUCUUUGUGCAAAACCUGUUGUGCAACAAUACCCAUGGAGUCAGCAUGGGUAGCAUCGGGCAGUACCCAGGGGUAAUGGAUAUCAUCGAGCAUGCAUACAUUGAGAAUGUGACUUUGUUGAAUGGACAGAACGGGGCGCGCCUUAAAGCGUGGGCUGGCCAGGCCGUCGGCUAUGGCCGUAUCAACAACAUUACGUACAAGAAUAUUCAUAUUGAAAACACAGAUGCUCCGGUAGUCCUGGAUCAAUGCUAUUUCAACAUCGACGCGGCGGAAUGUGCCCGGUACCCCUCUCAGGUAAACGUGACUAACAUUAUUUUCGAGAAUAUCUCAGGCACCUCAUCUGGGAAGAAUGGCAAGGUGGUGGCUGAUCUUGUGUGCUCGCCUAACUCGGUGUGCUCAAAUAUCCAGUUGAAGAAUAUCGAUCUGACCAGUCCAACUGGGGGCCCACCAGUUGUUGUCUGUGAUGGGGUUCAGGGGGGUAUUGGGGGUAGUGGAAAGACAACACUCCUGGAACACAUUCUACAAUCGGAUCAUGGAUUCAAGAUUGCAGUCAUAGUCAAUGAUAUGAGCAGUCUAAACAUUGAUGCAACUUUGAUCAAGAACCACCGCGUGUCCCAAACAAAGGAGAACCUCAUUCAACUCCAGAACGGAUGUAUCUGCUGCACACUACGUGGAGAUCUGCUGGAGGAACUAGCCCAACUUACAAGGCAGGACGACGUACAAUAUGUCGUGAUUGAGAGCACGGGGAUUAGCGAACCAAUGCAGGUAGCGGAGACCUUCACAGCGGAAUUCAGCGCUGCCAUGCAGGAGGCUGACGUCGCCGACGAAGAGGGGAAGAAAAUCCUCAGCCAGAUUGUGGAACUAGGGGGUCUCCACAAAUUGGCCAGACUCGACACAACAGUUACUGUUAUCGACGCCUUCAAUCUCCUUCCUAACUUCGACACAGCGGAGUUCCUUUCUGAUCGCUACGGUGGAGAGGUCGUUCCGGAAGAUGAAAGAACCAUCUCCGACCUCAUGGUGGAUCAGAUUGAAUUUGCGGAUGUGAUCAUCAUUAACAAGAUUGAGACUAUUGCCGAGAAGACCCGGGAGAGGCUUAGAUCUAUUCUAAAGCUCCUCAAUCCAGAUGCCAAGGUGCUUGAGACAAGCUAUUCCAGGGUUGACGUCAACGAAAUAUUGGACACGGGGAGAUUCAAUUUCCUCAAGGCGGCAUCGGGAGCUGGAUGGUUGAGAAGCUUGCACGAGAUGACAAAGAGGGAGACCGGCAACGGGGACAGGUUGGCUCCUGUUCCCGAGACUGUUGAGUAUGGUAUCAACAAUUUCGUGUACAAAGCCCGUCGUCCCUUCCAUCCGCGGCGACUUUUCAGUUUAAUUCACGACAAAUUCAUUCUUCUUCAAAAUUCCGAGGCAGAAGCCGAAGAUGAGGACGAGCAAGAGUGUGCAAGCGAAGGAGAAGAAAAUAGUGAUGAGGAAGAGGAGGACGAAGAAAUGGAAGAUUUCCCCCAGCCCGACCCUGAGGUAAUCCUGUCAAACAAGCGUUCUCACCCUGUCCUCCGUCCCAUUUUGCGUUCCAAAGGCUUCUUCUGGCUUGCCACUCGCCCUUACCAAUUUGGUGAAUGGAGUCAAGCUGGUGGCAUGCUCACCGUUGGAUGUGGUGGGCCUUGGUUCGCCGAAGUACCAGAAGAGGCAUGGCCGGAAGAUGCAGAUGUGAGGAAGUCCAUUGAAGACGACUUUCAGGAGCCAUGGGGCGAUCGACGACAGGAGAUCGUAUUCAUUGGUGAAGGGAUUGAUACGGCUGCCAUUACAGAUUUACUAAAUGAAUGUUUGUUAAGCGAUGGGGAAAUGGAAAAGUGGGGGAGAAUUAUGAAGACGAAGAAACUAUCAAAGACCGAAAUCCAGGAGAACAUGAUGCAGACCUGGGAGGAUGGAUGGGAGGAGUGGCCGUCCUUCGAGGAGGAAUUGCCUGAGCAGAUGGAAGGAAAGCAUCGCAUUAGUGAACACGUAGGGCAUGGGCAUAUCCAUAACCACAACCCACCCCUUAAAAAAGGAAUGAUGGCAUAG